AUUGAGAUGAAAGCAAUAUUAAAAAGCAUUAGAAAAGAUUAUAACCUCGAUUAUGAGAACACUUUCAAUAGUUCUAGGAAUAUAGAAAUUCAUGGCCAGCUCGUAGAAGAAUUACGAAAGACGAUAGUACCAAAAUACCGCCCUUCAAUAAGUCAGCUUACCAAAUGGUUAAAAUUCGAAAGAAAUGAUGCCGAUAAAUAUGAAAGAAAUGACGAAAGAAAUGAAGAAAAUGAAAGAGAUGAUGAUGAAGAAGAGGUUGAAAUAAUGUUGACAGGCGAAGCUCAACAUUCGAACGAUGAUAAUUAA